UUUGAUUAACAUUGAUUGCAAAAUGACGUUGGAGUGUCUGUCGGUGUGAUGCAGUCUCUUACUCUCUACAGCUAACAUAUAGCCUAUUGGACCUCCUCUGAAAUAUUUAUUUAAAGUAUGUAAUGUUUGGCCUUCUACGAAAUAGAUUUAAAAUGAAUGGCGGUCACUUUAGGAGCCAUGUUUGGGACCCAAAGCUGUUAUGUUUACAAAUAGUAGCCAUGCAGUGUCAAUUUUACUUCAUGUUUGGGAUGUGGACGUACUUGAUGGACAUCAUUGGACGGUUUGAUGCGUCAAUGGAUCAGCUGUUUACUCAGACGGAUCUUGAUUUACUGGAAGAUUCAGGAAGAGUUCAAGUGAUUGCUUUCCUAUUAAAUAGCCUUACAAGUGCUGUAGCUAUAUGGUAUAUUGUCCAAAGAGCUAAACUAUGUCUGGACUUUGCAGUGACAACACAUUUUUUACACUUUCUCGGAUGUUGGAUAUUCAAUCGCCACAUUCCACAAACACUCCCAUGGUGGAUUCUGAAUGUGAUAGGGUGUGCCAUUAUGACUGUGUGUGGAGAAUUCUUGUGUAUGAGGACAGAAAUGAAGGCCAUUCCACUCUCCAUGGUAGGGGCUAAGGUGGAUUUAUAGAAAGCAAUAGCCCACAGAAGACAGACUUUAAAAAAUUUUCUCUGAAGAAUCUAGAGUCUUGGAUUACCUUUUACUUUGUGUUUAAAUCAAAUGACUGGCUUUCAAAUCGCACCAUUAGAACAAAUUCAUCUUUUGUUCAAUUGCAGAGCAAUGGACCACAUUCACAUCCUUUAUAAAUGUCCAUGUUGUUAUUAUCAUGUUCAUACUGUACAUGUACCAGUACAUAUCUCAAUAUGUACAAAAAUUUAAAGAAAAUUGUAUGAUGAUAGAAUUAACUGCACUUUGUACAUCUUUUUAAAGAACUUAACAUCAAACACUCCCUGUCUGUGUUUUUUGUACCAAAAUGUCAUAUAUUUUAAAAAUACUUGUAUCUCUUAAUAAAAUGUACAUACUUGUA